AUGUCCGAGUGGAUGGGUGAUGGCGACGAACUUUACGAAGUCGGCCGGGGGAUCGGCGGAUACGUGAGGGACAUGUUAUCCGCAAUAUCUACCUCCAGCUGGGUCUUCUUGACGCGCACAUCGUCUUUCAGCUUCUCGUAUCCCUGGCAUUACUGGUACGACGCCGAGCUCUGCCAAUCCAUCGCGCCGAGCACAAUCUCCUAUAGCUACACGAAUGUGACACGAUGUCUCGAUCGCGCGACGGCAACGUCCGAGCUGGGAAUGCACAAGUCUGGGGGUCUCUCAACGGGAGGGAAAGCGGAAGACGGAAUUGAUAUUGGAGUUGGAGGUCUUGCUAUCCUGCUGACGGUGUUGUUCUGUUUGCGACGGAAGAAGCUGAAGCGGAGGGCUGAUAGUCUGAGUCGGGAAAAGGGGCCGGAGGCGCGGAAUCUCAGAGUUCCUCCUAAUGGCACGUUUGAGCCUCAGCCGUGGGAGGCCAUGUUGUUCAUGAAUCUGGCGGACAGGAGAAGGUUGUUCAUGAAACUGUCGCGCAUGUGA